AUGGUGUCUCCCGCCGCAGGCUCCUACCUGCUGGUGCUCUUCGAGGCCGUGGUGUCCAGCGAGCGCAGGGGCUACCUUGGCUUGGACGACAUCUUGCUCCUGAACUAUCCCUGCUCGAAAGCCCCUCACUUCUCCCGCCUGGGCGACGUGGAGGUGAACGCGGGGCAGAACGCGACCUUCCAGUGCGUGGCCGCCGGCAAGGCCUCCGAGGCAGAGAGGUUCCUCAUGCAGAGGCAGAACGGAGAUGUGGUGCCAGCCACCUCGGUGAAGCACAUCAGCCACCGGCGCUUUCUGGCCACGUUCCAGCUGGACGAGGUGUCCAAGCAGGAGCAGGACAUGUACCGCUGCGUUACCCAGUCUGCCCGGGGCUCGGGCGUCUCCAACUUCGCCGAGCUCAUCGUGAAGGAGCCCCCGACGCCCAUCGCGCCCCCGCAGCUGCUCCGCGCGGGCUCCACCUACCUGAUCAUCCAGCUCAACACCAACUCCAUCAUCGGCGACGGCCCCAUCGUGCGCAAGGAGAUCGAGUACCGCAUGACCUCGGGGCCCUGGUCGGAGGUGCACGCUGUCAACAUGCAGACCUACAAGCUCUGGCACCUGGAUCCCGACACGGAGUACGAGAUCAGCGUGUUGCUCACUCGCCCCGGGGAAGGGGGCACGGGCAAGCCGGGGCCGCCGCUCAUCAGCAGGACCAAGUGUGCAGAGCCCAUGAGGGCCCCCAAGGGCCUCGCGCUCUCCGAGAUGCAGCUGACGCUGCAGUGGGAGCCGCUGGGCUACAACGUGACGCGGUGCCACACGUUCACGGUCUCGCUCUGCUACCGCUACUUCGUGGGCAGCAGCCACAACCAGACAUUCCGCGAGUGCGCCAAGAUGGAGCACGGCACCAACCGCCACACCAUCAAAAACCUGCUGCCCUACAAGGACGUCCACGUGAGGCUCAUCCUCUCCAACCCCGAGGGCCGCAAGGAGGGCAAGGAGCUGCUGUUCCAGACGGAUGAGGAUGUGCCCGGCGGCAUCGCCUCCGAGUCGCUCACGUUCACGCCGCUGGAGGACAUGAUCUUCCUCAAGUGGGAGGAGCCCGUGGAGCCCAACGGCCUCAUCACGCAGUACGAGAUCAGCUACCAGAGCAUCGAGUCCUCCGACCCGGCCGUCAACGUGCCCGGCCCGCGGCGCACCGUGUCCAAGCUGCGCAACGAGACCUACCACGUCUUCUCCAACCUGCACCCCGGCACCACCUACCUCUUCUCGGUGCGGGCCCGCACGGGCAAGGGCUUUGGCCAGACGGCGCUCACCGAGAUCACCACCAACAUCUCCGCUCCCGCCUUCGACUACGCGGACAUGCCGGCGCCGCUGGGCGAGUCGGAGAGCACCAUCACGGUGCUGCUGCGGCCGGCGCAGGGCCGGGGCGCUCCCAUCAGGCCCCCCAGGGGCUACGGGACCCCGCCGCUGGAGCCCAAGAAGGCCUAUCUGAUCUACCUGCAGGCCACGAGCUACCUGAAAGGGGAAACCCGGCUGAACUGCAUCCGGAUCGCCCGCAAAGCUGCCUGCAAGGAGAGCAAGCGUCCCCUGGAGGUGUCGCAGCACUCGGAGGAGAUGGGCCUCAUCCUGGGCAUCUGCGCCGGGGGCCUCGUGGUCCUCAUCAUCCUCCUGGGAGCCAUCAUUGUCAUCAUCCGGAAAGGGAGGAACUACUAUUCUUAUUCCUAUUACCCCAAACCCGUCAACAUGGCCAAGGCCACCAUCAACUACCGGCACGAGAAGACACACAUGAUGAGUGCCAUCGACAGGAGCUUCACGGACCAGAGCACCCUGCAGGAGGACGAGAGGCUGGGGCUCUCCUUCAUGGACACGCACAACUACAGCGCCCGGGGUAAGCACCGGCACGGGGCCACCAGCUCCUGCGGCCCGGACGCGGCUCCGCUCUCUCCAAUGAAGAGGUCUCUCCGGGCGUGGGCUCGCUGCAAGGUUUGCAGUUUUCAUGUGCUCAAACUGGCUCAAACGUUGGAUCCUGAUGUUGGGGCUCCGGGAGCUCUGCCGUGCCGGAGGCGGGAGACGGCAGGAGCGCUGGGUGCUGCCCCGAGGGCUGCAAGGGGCCGCGUGGGCCUGUGUGGGAGGAGGCACCGCGGGAGCAGCCUGCUGGGCGGCUCGCCGCGCCGGCCCGGCGCCCGCAAGGGCUCUCCCUACCACACGGGGCAGCUGCACCCCGCCGUGCGCGUUGCCGACCUGCUCCAGCACAUCAACCAGAUGAAGACGGCCGAGGGCUACGGCUUCAAGCAGGAGUACGAGAGCUUCUUUGAAGGCUGGGAUGCUUCGAAGAAGAAAGACAAGACGAAGGGGAGACAGGAUCAUGUGUCAACGUACGACCGCCACCGAGUCAAGCUCCACCCGCUGCUGGGAGACCCCAAUUCAGAUUAUAUCAACGCCAACUACAUUGACGGUUACCACAGGUCCAACCACUUCAUAGCCACGCAGGGUCCCAAGCAGGAGAUGGUGUACGAUUUCUGGCGCAUGGUGUGGCAGGAGCACUGCUCCAGCAUCGUGAUGAUAACCAAGCUGGUGGAGGUGGGACGGGUGAAAUGCUCCAAGUACUGGCCCGACGACUCCGAGAUGUACGGGGACAUCAAGAUCACCCUGGUGAAGGCGGAGGCUCUGGCGGAAUACGCCGUGCGCACGUUCACCCUGGAGCGGAGGGGCUACUCGGCGCGGCACGAGGUGAAGCAGUUCCACUUCACGUCGUGGCCCGAGCACGGCGUCCCCUACCACGCCACGGGGCUGCUGGCCUUCAUCCGCCGCGUGAAGGCCUCCACGCCGCCCGACGCCGGCCCCGUCGUCAUCCACUGCAGUGCUGGCACGGGCAGGACAGGCUGCUACAUCGUCCUGGACGUCAUGUUGGACAUGGCCGAGUGCGAGGGCGUCGUGGACAUCUACAACUGCGUGAAGACCCUGUGCUCGCGGAGGAUCAACAUGAUCCAGACGGAGGAGCAGUACGUGUUCAUCCACGACGCCAUCCUGGAAGCCUGCCUAUGCGGCGAGACCAGCAUCCCGGCCGGCGAGUUCAAACCCACCUACAAGGAGCUGGUCAGGAUCGAGCCGCAGAUGUCCCCGCAGACCCUCAACUCGGUGACGCCGCACCUGGACGUGGAGGAGUGCAGCAUCGCGCUGCUGCCCCGCAACCGCGACAGGAACCGCAGCAUGGACGUCCUGCCGCCCUCCCGCUGCCUCCCCUUCCUCAUCUCCGUGGACGGAGACAGCAACAACUACAUCAACGCGGCCUUGACCGACAGCUACACGAGGAGCGCGGCCUUCGUCGUCACCCUGCACCCGCUGCCCAACACCACCACCGACUUCUGGCGCCUGGUGUACGACUACGGCUGCACCUCCGUCGUCAUGCUCAACCAGCUCAACCAGUCCAACUCCGCCUGGUUCCGAGUCCAGAACAUCGCACGGUUGCAGGAAGGGCACCUGAUGGUCCGGCAUUUCCAGUACCUCCGGUGGUCACCCUAUCGGGACACCCCAGACUCCAAGAAGUCCUUCCUGCACCUCCUGGCCCAAGUGGAGAGGUGGCAGAAGGAGAGCGGUGACGGGAGGACAGUCGUGCACUGCCUGAACGGGGGUGGCCGGAGCGGCACCUUCUGUGCCUCCACCAUGAUCCUGGAGAUGAUCAAGUGUCACAACAUGGUCGAUGUUUUCUAUGCUGCAAAGACCCUGCGCAACUACAAGCCAAAUAUGGUAGAGACCUUGGAGCAGUACCACUUCUGCUACGACCUGGCGCUGGAGUACCUGGAGGCGCUGGAGACCAGAUAGCAGCUCGCCGCGGAGCGG